AUGAAGACCUCCAAAUCUCAUGAAAACAUAGUAAAUGAGACGACGCCUCUCGUACUUGCAAAGGGCUCGAAGAAACCUAAAACGCCCCUUCCAAAAUUCCAGAUAGCCUUACUUUUAACGCUGCAACUUUCGGAACCCAUCGCCUCGACAUCUAUAUUCCCGUACAUUAACCAGCUGAUAAGAGAACUUGGAAUCACUGGGGGCGGCGACGCGGCUGUAGGAUAUUAUGCUGGAAUCAUUGAAUCUCUGUUUUUUGUCGCGCAGGCACUGACGGUGCUGGAGUGGGCUCGGCUGUCUGACCGUAUUGGGCGCAAGCCGGUGUUGAUAAUUGGAUUCUCAGGUGCUUGCAUUUCGAUACUGUGUUUCGGCCUCUCAACAACAUUUUGGGGUCUUGUCAUUAGCCGCUGCAUCUGCGGUUUUCUGAAUGGAAACGUUGUAGUGAUGAAGACCAUGGUGGGAGAAUUGACGGACUCCACGAAUAUGGCCCAGGCAUCUGCCUUGGUCCCGGUCGUCUGGUGCAUCGGAGGCUUUAUUGGUCCUUUGAUAGGAGGAACACUCGCGCGUCCACAGGAUCAUUGGCCGGCAUUAUUCUCCAGUCCGUUCUGGAGAAAUUACCCAUACUUUCUGCCUUGUGCAGUGGCAGCCUGCCUGUUCGUCCUGGCCCUUGUCAUGUUGACAAUUUUCUUAGAAGAAACAUUACCAACAAAACGUCGGCCAAAGUUCACUUCAACUACAGUUAGCGUUUCAAGUAGCCCCGACAGUGAAUCACUCGUCAAAAAAUCGACGACAACCGUGCCCUUGCGAUCCCUCCUUACGUCUUCAGUCAUGAUUCCGAUGGCAAACUUCGCCAUGCUCGCUCUCCUUGACAUUUCUUUCAGGGCUCUUCAGCCGCUGUUUUUUUCGACUCCUACUUAUCUUGGCGGUCUUGGAUUUGAUCCUGCUACUAUUGGCUCGUGGAUGGCGUUGUUUGGGAUCGUCGAUGGUGUCUCUCAGGGCUUAUUUUUCGCCAGAAUCGUCGGUUGGAUUGGUCCAAAACGUUUAUUCUGUAUCUCAGUUUUGUGCUACGCAGUACUCAUGGCUAUGUUCCCAAUCAUGUCAUGGAUUGUACGCACAAGGGGGGAAGUCGAUCAUGCAAUCACGUUUGCCUUGCUUUGCCAAGUAGUUAUGUUAACCACAUGGCAUACGACAUAUGGUAUUAUUUUCAUGUUUAUGACAGCCUCUGCUCCUACAAAUGAUGCACUUGGCACUAUCAAUGGCCUCGGCCAAACCUGUGUGUCGGUAGCUCGCGCCGUUGGUCCCGCGUUGGCGACUUCGCUCUUUGCUGCAUCGAAGCAAUACAACCUUUUAGGAGGAAAUGCAGUCUUUGUCGUGAUAAUCAUGAUGGCCGGUGGAAUGAGAUGGCUGGCGUCGCACUUGCCGGAUGAAGUACGAGACAGGAAUGAGUGA